GGCAGCCAAUCUAAUCCUUUCUGCAUUACAGUCCAAACCCUGUAUUGUCAGGGUUUUCAAUAAUGGGACAGCAUCUCUAGCGUGGUUGAAUUCAAUUUCCCAUUUCCUAAAACACAAAUUUGUAGAGCAAAGAAAGAAACAUAUCCCAGUUUUAAGAUGAGUGAACUGCGCAACAAGAUCUGGAAGGUGCUUCUCAAGGAAACCAAGAAGGAAAACCUGAAGCCUGGAGAUCACAUCUACACAUGGACAGGAGCCAAUACAAAAGAGCAUGGAAUAUAUUUGAACAGUGGAUGCGUGAUUCACUUCACUCAAGGUCGACGACGAGCAAGGUCAGACGAUCGUCAUAGUACAUGUCCAAAUUGCAGUGACCAUGGUGUGGUCACUUCCUGCAUAGAUUGUUUCCUUUCUGGUGGAGAUCAUCUGCAUCGCUUUGAAUAUGGUGUUAAUCCCGCUCUAAUCCUCACCAAACUCGCAGGAGGUGCAACUCUUGCACCUGCUGAUCCAUCUCCACUUGUGGAGAGCCGUGCAUCUAAUUUCCUAAUAAUUAAUAGCUACGACUCCGGUAGCUACUACCGUUUCAUAAACAAUGGUAAAGACUUUGCAAUGUAUUGCAAAACAGGCUUGCUAGUGAUAGAUAACAUAAAUUUCAGCAGAAGUUGGCAAGCUGCAGCAUUUUUCUUGGCUGUUACUGUCACUUUCUUUCUUUUUCAGCAGCAAAGCACAGCUGCAACUUAUCCUGGUGUGGCAGCUAUAUGUUUUGGCUUAUACUGUAUUUAUAGAUUUGGCUCUGAUAUCGGAGCCCGUCCUAAUGUUAUUAAAGUGGAUCAAGUAGCGACAUUGCCUGAUGUUGCUGAGAAAUUGUCUUCUGCUGCGUCGGGUGUCAGACCUAUUCAAUCCUUAAUUGACCUGUUCAUAGUAUUGCUGAUGACUUAUUUCAAUCUUCAGUUGCUAUUAACAGUACGAACGUGGUCUGAGCCACUUCAACUGCUGUCCGAGACUCCUCGAGUGGUCUGGAUUCUAGCAUGUAUAUAUGUCGGUGGCAGUGUCGUUGAAGUGAUCGAACUUGUUCGUGGAGGAGACCCUAUUUUACCCAGUUCAGCUUCAUCCCAUUCAUCAGACAUUCCCAUAAGCACUAGCUCCGCAAAGGAAAGUCGUGUAGAAUAUUGCAGCCUAGAUAGUUUUCUUAGUGCUGAUGAACUCUAUCUCUAUAAAUAUGGUGUUAGUCUUGCUUUCUUUAUCGCCAAAUUUCUAGGUGGUACUUGUACCCUUGGCUCUACUGAUCGGCCCGAAACUGUCGUCUACCAUUCCCGCCAGGAGCUGAGAAAUGGUUCUGGAACCGGUGACUACAACCUUUUCAACAACAAUUGCGAAGACUUUGCAAUAUAUUGCAAAACAAAGUUGCCUCCGAGAAAAUUAAUUAUUAACCUUGGUAGGAAUGGGCAGAUAGUAACUUACUUUGGUGUGUUUUUUGCUAUCCUCAUUUUCAUAAUUGCAUUCCAGCCUAGCAAUCCUAUUGGUGUGGCAGCUACUGUUUAUUUCAUCUACUCUGUUGUUAGAUUUGUUGCUGAUGCUACACAUUGUGGGAAAGCUUAUCAAGUUGCACUAAAGAUAUUGCCACCUUGGAGAAGUCGUGGUCGUUUUCCGGUAGUGCCUCAAUUCAUGCAUCUUGAAGGCAAGAUUGUGAUAUUCUGA